AUGUUUAUCCUCCGUAUGUGGAGAAGAGAUCUCCAGAAGCAACUAAGGAUGAAGUAUUUUACAGAGAAUCGUGGCCUCCUUCUAGAAAAACUAAUAUCGUCGAGUGAAUAUGCAAGUGAAAGAACAAAGAUUUUCUCACUGGAAGAGUUGGAGCAGGCAACAAACAACUUUGAUCACACACGAAUCCUUGGACGUGGAGGGCAUGGCAUGGUGUAUAAAGGCAUCUUAUCUGACCAGCGUGUGGUGGCUAUAAAGAAAUCUAAGGUCAUUGCGAAAGGUGAGAUUGAUCAAUUCAUCAAUGAGGUCACCAUCCUUUCACAGAUUAACCACAGAAACAUCGUAAAGCUUUAUGGCUGCUGCCUUGAAACUGAGGUCCCACUACUAGUGUAUGAUUUUGUUCCGAAUGGUUCCUUGUUUGAAAUCCUUCAAUCUGUUCCAAGCAACACUUUUUCGUUGUCCUGGGAUGACUGCCUAAGAAUCGCUGCGCAAGCUGCAGGAGCUCUCUAUUAUCUCCACUCUGCAGCUUCUAUAUCAGUCUUCCAUCGCGACAUCAAGUCUUCCAAUAUACUCCUAGAUGCAAACUACACUGCACUAGUUUCUGAUUUUGGUGCAUCGAGAUUGGUGCAUAUAGAUCAAACUCACGUUACCACACACGUACAAGGCACAUUUGGGUACUUGGAUCCGGAGUACUUUCACACUGGACAGCUAAAUGAGAAGAGUGAUGUGUACAGCUUUGGUGUUGUGCUUUUAGAGCUACUUCUCAGAAGGAAGCCCGUUUUUACGGGUGAGUCAGGCUCAGCCCAGAGUUUAUCUAGUUACUUUCUUGCGGAGAUGCAACAAAGGCCAGUAAAAGAGAUAGUCGCAGCUCAAGUUCGUGAAGAAGCAACCGAGGAAGAAAUUAUCAGUGUUGCCUCUCUCGCGGAGAUGUGCCUACGGAUCCAGGGUGAAGAAAGGCCUACAAUGAAGGAAGUGGAGAUGUCUUUGCAGCUUCUGCAUAAGAAACGUUCAGUGUCAUCCCAUGUCACUCAAGAUAAUGGUAGAGGUGAAGCUGGUGUUUCAUCUCACUCCGGUAACAGAGUUGAUCCAGUCACCGCAAACGACCAACGAUGCUAUAGCUUGGAGCAAGAGUUCAUAUCAUCUGCCAGCUUACCACGCUAA